GGCCGGCUGGGUAGUGGCGCUCUCCUCGGCGACGAACCUGCAGCUCGCUUAGCUGAUGAGAGCGGCAGCGGCCGUCGGCGCUGCGCCGCAUGGGCUGGUCGUCGACGACGCGGUCGGUGAGAACAAGUCCGUGCAGCGCGCCAUGACGAUGAAGCUGGAGGAAAAGAAAUGCAGAGUGACUGUUUGCCCGGACAUCAACGCCGCUAUGAAGCUGCUGCUAGAGCGAGGAAAACAAUUCGACUUCGUGGUGAUGUCAGUUGAGUCAAUUUGCAGCUUAAGUCACGAUGAAAAGAAGUUUAUCUGCGAGGGCGUAGGACUGAGACUAGUCGCACUUAUGGCGGAAGAAGACAAUUUCUACCGUUUAACACCCAUCCUCAAUGCUUCUAUGUUGUCGCGCCAUGAUGGUAAUAACUUGACAGUAAAUAAUGCAUCGGCAAUCAACAAUCAACAGAGAGAGGGUGUGUUUCAGGAGCCAUAUAUAAAGUAUCAGCAACGGGAAAAGCCAAGACUCAUCUGGACACCACAGCUAAAAGAUAUAUUUGAGACAGCGUACAAUCAUAUCUUACUUGAAGGCAAAAAACCAGUGCCUACUGAUAUACUAAAAGUAAUGAAAUUGUGGAUGGAUCCAUCGAGUGAUAUGGAACUAACACGAGAGAAUGUUUCUAGUCAUCUUCAGAAAUAUCGGACAAAAAUCAAUCAUAUUCGAAUAUAUAAGGAAAACCAAUAUGAAGAAGUGCCCAUUUAGCAAAUUACAUAUUCGAGAUCUUUACAGAUGGCGUAUGGUAAACCCUCCCAACAGCACAUGGAGCAGGAAGAUACUAAAAUGUGAUGUUAUUGUCGUCUUUUAAAUCAUAGUU